UAUAUAGCCAAAUCUACUGUUAAAUUGCUUGUUCCGAAGGCAAAGCUUUUACCAACAUCUCGAACUCUCAUCUACCCGUUUUCAAAUGUAGUUUGGUUUUUAAUUUUGCUAAUGUUGAUUGUUCUGACCGUAGUUCAUCACUUGAUCACUAGCUUGAAUCUUAAGCACAACCUAAAUUCCAAACAUUCAAUUAAUGAGUCGAUUUUUGACAUGAUCUCAAUUUUCUUGAAUCAAGGAGUAUUCUCGAACUCUGUAUUCUCAUCGUAUCGUGUGUUGAUAUCAUUUAUACUUUUAUCUGGAGUCGUACUGAGUAAUACCUAUGCGAGUGGAUUAGCAAGUGUUCUAACUAUUCCGAGAUAUGGUAAACCACUUGAAACUAUUCACGAUUUUGUGGAAUCUCCUUACCGGUGGGGUGCAUCAUCUUUGGCCUGGAUUCUUUCUUUGGAAUCUGCUGACACCCACGAUAUCCGAGAGUUGGUAGCUAGAUUCGAUAUGAUUCCAGACGAGGAAGAACUCUUCCGUCGUUCCCUGGGUGGAGACUACGGGUUAGCCAUAGAAUUUUUGAACAGCGGCUACUAUGCGUAUUUGUCAUUUGUUCGACAGGAAAAUGUUCAGUUAUUUGAUAUUCUUAAACAAGAACUAUAUUUUAUGUACACAAUCGCAUAUUCACAACGGGGUUGGCCAUUGAUGGAGUACUUUAACAAGUUCAAUCUGGAAACAAUUCAGCACGGGUUCAUCUUACACUGGGAAAAGCAAAUGAUUCGUUGAUGACCCGUUUCCCGAAAUAAAUCCUGAUGGUGGAGCUAUUUGUUGGUGCGAUCACUUAAUUCCAGUAAAGGGCGACAUUCUGUAUGAUUCGGAUUGUUGAGUGCUUUUAAGUGUUUAACACGU